AUGGCCGGCGCGCGAACCAGGAGGCAGGCAGCUCUCGAUGCUGCCGCCGACGACACCCCUGCCAAAGAGCACGAGAUCACCCAGAACGGCACCGGCACCGGCACCGGCAACGGCAGCGCCGCGCAUCAUGGCCGCUCGGCGCAAGGGGACGACGAGGCCCACGAGAACAUCUUUCUCUUCUGGCCCAACCUGAUCGGUACCGCACCACUCUCUAGCAGCUACUUCCGCAUCGUCCUGGCCGUCGCCUCGCUCUACUACAUGCCGUUGCACCCGCGCACCUGCUCGGCCCUCUACUCGGUGUCGUGCCUCCUCGACGCCCUCGACGGCUACGCCGCCCGCUACUUCGAGCAGUCGACCCGCUUCGGCGCCGUGCUCGACAUGGUCACCGACCGCUGCACCACGGCCUGCCUGCUCGUCUUCCUCUCCUCGGCCUUCCCGCGCUGGGCCAUCAUCUUCCAGGGCCUCAUCUCGCUCGACCUCGCGAGCCACUACAUGCACAUGUACGCCACCCUCGCCAUGGGCGGCUCCGACGAGAGCCACAAGAACGUCGACAAGUCGCGCAGCCGCAUCCUCAACCUCUACUACACCAACAAGACCGUGCUCUUCAUCUUCUGCACCCUCAACGAGACCUUCUUCAUCGCCCUCUACCUGCUCUCCUUCUCGAGCCCCUACCUCUCGCCCCAGCUGCUCAAGGCCGUGCCCGAGAGCGCCGCCGCCGCCAUCAGCCACGGCCACCAGGUCAACUCGUCCAUCCUGGGCCAGAUCUUCACCAACCCCUACAGCGCCGCCGCCCUCGAGAUGGCCCGCGCGAACAAGAUGGACUCCACGGUCCCCUGGAUCAUUGCCAUCGUCAGCUUCCCCGUCAUGAUGGCCAAGCAGAUCAUCAACGUCGUCCAGAUGGUCAAGGCCAGCAGGUGGCUUGCCGAGGGCGACGUCCAGGCGCGCAAGGAGAAGGGCCUGCCCCGCAAGAAGAAGACCGCGUAA